AUGGGAUGGGGAAUUGAAAAUAAGGUAUAUACUAUUUCUGUAGAUAAUGCUUUAAGUAAUGAUGUUGCGAUUAAGGUUUUGAAGGAAAAUUUUGAAGUUUCAGGGAAACUCCUUUAUGGAGGUAAGCUGUUUCAUGUGAGAUGCUGUGCACACAUCUUGAACCUGAUUGUUCAAGAUGGACUUCAUCAAAUUAGGCACAUCAUUGAUGACAUCUAUGAGAGUGUGUUGUAUAUCAACAGUUUAGAAAGCAGACUCAAGGUAUUUUCUGAGAUUGUUCAACAACUUAAAUCGCCGUAUCGGAAACUUAUUCUUCAUUGUAAAACAAGAUGGAAUUCUACCUAUGAAAUGUUGGCAACGGCAAUUAAGUUCAAAAAGGUUUUUCCAAGAGUGAAAGAAAGGGAUAUCAAUUAUCAUAAUAAUCUGAGUGACGAGGAUUGGGAGAAAGUAGAGAAAGUUUGUGAAGUUUUGAAAGUAUUCAGUGGUUCAACCAAACUCGUUUCAGGAAGUGAUUAUCCGACAUCUAAUUUAUUCUUGAAGGAGGUGUGUUCAGUGAAAUAUAUGUUGGAUAGUAAAAGUGAAUCUGAAGAUGAUUUUAUUAGAGUAAUGGUUAGGAAAAUGAAACAUAAGUUUGAUAAAUAUUGGGGGGAAUGUAAUGUGUUGAUGUCUGUGGCUGCUGUAUUGGAUCCUCGGUUAAAAAUGAGGGUCAUUCAAUGGGCAUUCCCUAAGAUGUAUAUUGAGGUAGAAGGACGGGCAAAUAUGGUGAUGAUCCGGGAUGUAUUGUAUGAGUUAUAUAGGGAGUAUGUUCAAGCUAACCAAGGUGUGACUAUCGCCCGUGCUUCUACAUCACAAAGGGAUGGACAUGGAGCCAUUGGUGAGGCGGCUGCGGUUGAGGGAGCCGAGGCCUGGGAUGAUUUUAGCACUUUUCUAGACGUGGUUGACACUGUUGAGCCUAGUCAGUCUGAGUUGGACUGUUAUUUGGGAGAGGGAUGCCAUAAGUGUGUGGGGGAUCAUGACUCAUUCGAUACCUUAUAG